GUGAUAGGUCACUGGUUUUUUGGCUUGUUUUGAAUUCAUUGGAGUGUUGCAUGUUGUUCAGAUUUUUUUUUACAUGUAAAAUAAAUUAAUUAUGUAUAGUGAAUGAAUGAUUUGUAUCGCGUAACGUCAGAACUGUACUGGGACUGCUGCUGAUGGGAGCGCGAUGACGGAGCACGAGCGCGACGACGCGGGGGCCGCCAAAAGGAAGGCCAUGCAGGGGGGUGACGCGGCCGAGAAGAAGCUGAAGGCCGGGGACACGGACGGGGAGGACAGCGGGACCGGCGCAGACGUCGCGAGCCACCGCCCGGCCGGGAGCGACGGUGUCGACUCCUCCGACGCGUCGGGUGACGGCGCCGGGACAGACGAGGAACCCAAGCUGUCCAAACGUCAGAUGAAGAAAGAGAAAAAGAAGGAACUGUACAGAGCAAACCUGGCUGUUAGAAGGGCGAGGGAGAAGGAGCGGCAGCGACAGAGGAAGCGCGAGGCGCGGCUGAACAACGUCGCGCUGGGUCCGUCGCGGAAGGAGCUGAAGCGCUGCACGAUGGCCGGCAGCGACUGCAGGGUCAGGAUCGCGAUAGACAUGUCGUUCGAUCACCUCAUGAGCGAAAAGGACUUGGGAAAGUGCAUUAAACAGAUCCUGAGGUGCUACAGUGCCAACAGACGGGCCAAGAACCCCUUGCAACUUCACAUCACAAGCUUCGAUGGCAAGACGAAAGAUGCAAUGGCCAAACACUCUGGUUACAACAACUGGGAUGUAUAUUUUCAACCAGACUCGUAUUUGGACUUAUUUGACCGUGAAGACAUUGUGUAUUUGACAAGCGAAUCAGAGAACGUCUUACACGAGUUGCAAGAUGACAAAGUGUACGUUAUUGGAGGCCUCGUGGACCAUAAUUCACAAAAGGGCUUAACUCUCGAGAUUGCGGAAGAGAAUGGCAUACAGCACGCGCAACUACCUAUCGCAAGCUUUCUUGAGAUGAAGACAAGAAAAGUUCUGUCAAUUGUACAUGUGUUCGAGAUCGUGCUGUUGGUGAGCGAGGGCAUGUCGUGGAAGGAGGCGCUGCUGCACGUGAUGCCCGCUCGCAAGGGGGCGGCGGAGAAGAGCACCGCGCCCGCCCCCGGACGCGAGGCCUGCGGAGUCGCAGACGGCAGCCCGGGAGACGCGGACCGGGCCCCCGUGGAUGCCGGCGGUCCGCCCGACACCGUGCCGGCAGCCAGCCUGCCCCCGGGGGUCACGGCCCAGCCCGACGCAUGAAGCCACGAAGCACGCUCAUCUACCGACACGCGCAACAUCAGCUCGUGCAGAUGCUUCAGCAAUGUAUCGGCAAGUACCUUGCAAAACUUGAAAAUUUGUACAGAAAGCGAUGCUGUGAUUAGUGCUUAAGUGAGGAAUAAAUUUUUGUUAUGAA